AUGUUAUAUAUUGUGAUUCUUCUCAUCGGUUUGUGUACGCCGAGUGAAGAGCUUUUUGGUGGUGCGUCUUUACAAGAUUAUAUCGACAGUUUUGUUGAUGCCGCAAAAUAUAAAAUCGAGGGCAAAUUGAGCUUGAAUGAUUCGAGUAUUGGACAAAUCUGGUCAUUUUUUAAGUCGAAAUAUGGCCGAGCUUAUUCAUCGAUUGAGGAAGAAAAACAACGUUUGCGUAUAUUUCGCGACCAUCUUUUCUAUAUAGUUGAAUCCAAUUUGGAACGAUUGAGUACGUUCGAAUUAGAAUUGAAUGAUUUCGCUGAUUGGACAAUGGAAGAAUUUAACUCGUUGAAAAAAGGUUUGAUUCCGUCAACAAGUGCACGACGAGAGUUGAUUGAAGACGACAAGGAUCACUCAAUCCGACGUAGUUCAAAAAAGCUUUCUCAACAUCAUUACCAUGUCAAACGAUUGAAACGAAAUUGGAAUCGAAGGCGGAUAAAGAAUAAACGCUUUCUUCUCGAUUGGUUUCGAGACUUAAUUCACGGAAAUAAUAAACCAGGUCAGCCUGUGACGAUAUUUGACUGGCGCACAAAGAUUGCUAUUAGUAGCGUGAAAAACCAACUCAAAUGCGGAUGUUGCUAUGCAUUGGCUACAGCGACCAUCAUGGAAACGCUCUAUGCUAUGAAAACAAAUUCAACAACAGUUAUUGAGUUUAGUGCUCAACAAAUAAUCGAUUGUUCAAGUAAUGGAAACAACGGUUGUCGCGGUGGAAACUUUCCGCCAAGUGUUCAGUACUUAUCAGGACAAGGUGGGAAGAUAGCAACUGAAGCAUCGUAUCCUUUUGCAACACAAAAGCAAACUUGCAAAAUAAAUGGUCUCAAUGAAGUUCAACUUGGUAAUAUUCAAUAUGGUGAAAUUCCUGAGGGCGAUGAAAAAACCAUGGCUGAAGCACUAGUCAAUUACGGUCCAUUGUUUAUUGGUCUCGAUGCAGAAUCGCGUCUUUUUAUGUUUUACAAAUCAGGGGUACUUCAAAUCAAAAACUGUCCCACUCAUCGAAAAGAUAUGGAUCAUGCUAUGGUCGUCGUUGGUUAUGGUUAUGACAAUGCUCUGAAGAUGCCUUAUUGGAUCAUUAAGAAUUCCUGGGGAACAAAAUGGGGUGAGCAUGGAUAUCUGCGAUUAGCAAAAGAUUCUGGUAACAUGUGUGGAGUAGCGUCUAUGGCUUUUUAUGGUAAAUUAACUUAG